AUGACGACCCCGGCUAAGUUAUACGGCAGAGAGUUGUCAACAUACGAUGAAAUCGAUGUCGACGAACUCUUGGCCAAGUUGUCACAAGAAGAGUUGACAAUGCUGGCAAAAGAAGUAGACCCCGACGAUACAUUUUUACCACCCUCACAAAGAACAAAUUACGCAUGUGAAAAGGAUCCCACAGGCCCACUAAACCGAAAGAAAUUGAUUGAACACAUAAAUAAGCAGGCACUGGAAACGCCAGACAGACCAGAGGUGAAACCAUAUGUUGCUGGUGUCAUUAGAGGGAAAAAGUGGAUUCCUCCACCUCCUCCAGAAAAAGUGCGUGAUGCUGAUGAACAAAUUACAAUAGAUCUUGGAGAUGAAUAUGAGCAGGCCCUAACAACUGCCUCGCAAGAGGAAAUUAUUGACCUUGCCGCUAUUCUUGGUUUCCACUCAAUGAUGAACCAGGACCAGUAUCACGCCUCACUCCUCAACAAGGGGCAGCCUGUAGGUCUUGGAUGGGAUGGCAUCACAAAAGCUACAAAACCUAAGGUAUUUCCCAUGGACCCGCCUAAUGACACAGAUCCUGAUGACACUAUAAAAAGGGUGCAGGAAAAUGACCAGAAAUUAACAGAUCUCAAUUGGAACAAUAUUAAGAACAUAAGUGACGAGAAAUUCGAAAAGCUAUUCGAGGCGCUAAAGACGAACACACAUCUUGAGGUGCUGUCCCUCGUGAACGUGGGUCUCAACGACCGCACGGCGCAGCUGCUUGCGGACGCGCUAGAACAAAAUACGACACUGCGAGUCGUCAACGUCGAGACAAACUUCAUUAGUCCCCCCGGCGUCGUCCAAUUAGUCAAAUCGUUGCUGACGACUACCACCGUUGAAGAGUUCCGUGCUUCUAACCAGCGGUCGCAGGUCCUCGGCAAUAAAAUCGAGAUGGAAAUCACAAAGUUGGUAGAGGCGAACCCAACACUACUACGGCUGGGUCUGCAUCUCGAGUACAGUGACGCACGCCAUCGCGUAGCCAGCCACCUGCAGAGGAACAUCGACAGAAAUUGCCGAGUACAAAAGCGCACUAGCGUGUCCCUGCGGCUGCGGUUGCCACGCGGCCGCCCGCCCGCCGUCGGUAUCGACCCUAACCUCUUCAACCUAACGCCACCUAGCGCCGAGACCCCCACGCCCACCAAAGAGUCGGUAAUAGAGAAACCGGUCAUCAAUGAAAGCGUCGAAAACACCAUUUUAAUACCCGCCGACGAGAUACAGGAAAAGAGAGAGAACGGAUUGAACCCGUCGUCGACGCAGUUGCCAGACUUUAACCCCAACCCGUUCUCUACGGAAAGACCUAACGCUACGACUCCAGUUCAGUACGCCAGCAGCGACGGAGCCAGAAUAGUGCUUAGAGGAAACAACGACGGUUGUGGUGGGAGACUUCUUCGCUUGACCCGAUGCACUCGCAGCCGUAGCUAUGUAGUGGGUUGGAUCCCAUGA